AUGGCUAGUUGGGCCUCUUUGGAGAGUCGCGCUGCAUUUGGGAAGUCCCCGCAACACCAGCAAGCAGUUGAGGCUCUGAAGCCUGUACUUGCCGGACCUAUCCCUGCCAAAUGUCCCAGAUUUGAUCUCGAUACGAGCACAUUCGUCCCUCCGCCGCCUCAGGUCAUCAACAGCCCUAUCUGUGAGGUUAUUACGGUUCGUCACUGUAGUGGCAACGCAGAGGAGAUGGCUACCAAGCUUAAAAAGGCAGAAACCUUACCAGGUUGUUUUGCUGCCCACUCGGGUAUUGGGGCAUCAAACACACCUGAUCAGGGCACUAUCUGGCUUGGGUUCAUCGGGUGGAGGGACUACGAGUCGAGCAAGGAUGCGGACAAAUCCGUUUAUAUGCCGCAUGGUGUAGGCGAUAUGGAGGUCCAUCACAUCAACUUCAAUUUCCCUAUCAAGGGGUUUUCUGUUACCAACCCUGGGAGAUGA